AUGGAGGUUGUUCUGAACCGUGCUGAGGCGCGGAUCAAAAAGGUCUUGGGGAAAAUAAAAGACAACGCCCUCCACGAGGAAGUAGAUACUGUAUUUAGUAUUGCGAGGACUGAGAGCAGGAUGGCCAUCCAGUCCCAGAAGAAGCAAUUGCCCCAUGUUCCCGUCACGUCUCUCAAUCCCCAGGACGUCUCUAAUAUCUUCGGGAUCAACGAAGGAGGCGAAUAUAACCCCUGGAAAUUCACCCAGGAUGAGUUGCGCGCAGUCCCCGACAACCUCAGCAAGCUUGCUUUGGUUCCUGAAUUCCUAACGUCGAGUGGAACUAAUACGAUGCUGCAUCAUGCGCGGAAGGAAGUACAGCAGAAUGAUGUUUCGAUCUAUGGUAUCGCCACUGAUAGCUUCACGUGGACUUUUUUGUAUCUUGACAACAGUGGAAAGUGGGCCUCUGGCCAGGAGAAUUUAAUUUAUUACACCACCCCCAACCCCGCAUAUCCAACCCCCACAACCAUGACGGCCAUCCCCGAAACCCAAACCGCAGCAGUGCUCCCCCCGUCCGGCGCAACCGCCGAUGCUCUCCUCCAGAUCAAAACAGAUCACCCCGUGCCGUCCCCCGGAGAGGGAGAAAUCCUCGUCAAGAUUGAGUAUUCGGGGGUCUGCCAUUCGGAUGUGCAUAGUAUUCGCGGGGAAACGCCGAUGUUGACCGACGUGGCGGGUCAUGAGGGGGUGGGGAAGGUUGUUAUGGUGGGUAGUGGGAUUGAUGAGCAGGAAUGGAUUGGGAGGAGGGUUGGGAUUAGAUGGCUAUAUAGUUCCUGUUUGAACUGUGAGAUUUGCGCGGUGAAUAAUACGGCUUGUCCUUAUCAGAAGAAUGCCGGCGCGAAUGUGCCUGGGACUUUUCAACAGUAUAUCGUCAGUCCUGCUAUUCAUGUCACUAAGAUUCCCUCGGAGAUUGCGCCAGAUGUAGCAGCGCCGUUGCUGUGUGCGGGAAUUGCAAUGUACUCGUCGAUUAUGAAGACAAGGACACGACCGGGCGAUUGGAUCGUUCUUCCGGGAGCUGGUGGUGGUCUGGGACAUAUGGGGGUUCAGAUUGCAGCCAGGAAAGGACUGAAAGUCAUUGCGAUUGAUAGUGGCGAAAAGAAGAAGGAGCUGUGCCUUGCUCUCGGAGCCACCGCUUUCUUUGAUUACAAGGUCGACGAUAUCGAAAAGGAAGUAAAAAGCCUGACAGGCGGGCUCGGAGCCCAUGCGGUAAUUUGCACUGCCAAUAGUGAACCCGCAUACACGCAGAGGCUUACUAUUGUUGGGAACUCGGCGGGUACGGCAAAGGAGAUGGAUGAGUUAAUGGCGAUGGCUGUCGCUGGUGACGUGAGGGCACAUAUUGAGUGCUUUGAGCUUGAUCAGAUUAACGAUGUGGUGAUGCGACUUGGACGCUCUGAGAUUGAUGGGAGAGCUGUAGUGAAGAUUCCGGAAUAG